AUGGCCAAGUUUACACCAGACGAGGUGGCAGCGCUGCAACAGGGAGCCAACCAGCGGGCACGAGAGUACUUUCUCCCAGUAGGCGGCCGAGCCCCUCCCAACAGCAAUGACCCCCAGCCUGUGAGGGAGUUCAUUCGAGCUGUCUUUAUGGAAAUGAAAGGCGAUGUGACGCGCACCCUUCUCCCUUCCCACAUCCGCUUACUUCCCCCUCUCAUCUUGCCAACGCCCCUCCAUGGUGAUGGUGAUGGGUAUAGUGGUGAUGGUGAUGGGUAUAGUGGUGAUGGUGAUGGGUAUAGUGGUGAUGGUGAUGGGUAUAGUGGUGAUGGUGAUGGGUAUAGUGGUGAUGGUGAUGGGUAUAGUGGUGAUGGUGAUGGAGCUCUCCCUCGGGUCGAACUCAUUCUAUGGACGGUUCCCCUCUGCCUCCUUCCCCCAGCCCUCCGAUCUCCAAAGCAGCAGCAGCGCCCGCGCCUCUCUCUCCUUUGCCUGCACAUCUUGUCUUCUCCCUUCUCUCACCCUCACCGUUUUACACCCCUGCCUCCCCCAUUUGUUUCCCUUCAGAGCUCUCCCUCGGGUCGAACCCACUCCAUGGACGGCUCUUCCUCCGCCUCCUUCCCCCAGCCCUCCGACCUCCAACGCAGCAGCAGCGCCCGGGCCUCUCUCUCCUUCUCCCCCACUCUCCCUCCUUCCCACAACCACAAGCAGCCGCAGCAGCAGCCACAGCAGCAGCAGCAGCAGCAGCAGCAGCAGCAGCAGCAGCAGAAGGCUCUACCACCACGCAAAUCCCCUUCUCUUUCUGCCAACAGCAACACCAGCGCCAGCACCAGCACUGGUGCGAGAUUCCCUGGCAGCAGCAGCACGAGUAGCACUAGGUUCUCUAACAUCCCAAGCAGCAGUGGUGAUGGGGUGGAUGCGCCUUCCCACCCAUACCAGUCCCCGCCCUUACAGUCACACCCAUACCCUCAGGGCGGGGUUAUGGGGAGCCCAGGGGGAGUGAUGGGGAGUGCAGGAGGAGUGACGGGAAGUCCAGUAGGGGGUAUGGGGAGCGCUGGGGGAGGUAUGGGGAGUCCAGGAGGGGUUAUGGGAAGUGCAGCUGGGUUGAUGGGGGGAGGGGUUAUGGGGAGCCCAGGCGGGGUUAUGGGGAGCGCAGGGGGGGUGAUGGGGAGCCCAGGGGGGGUUAUGGGAAGUCCUAGAGGGGUGAUGGGUAGCUCAGGCGGGGUUAUGGGGGGCACAGGGGGAAUGAUGGGAAGUCCAGGGGGAACAAUGGGCAGCCCAGGAGGGGUGAUGGGGGGCGCAGGGUUGGCUAUGGGAAGCCCAGGAAGAGCGAUGGGGAGCCCAGGUGGGGUUAUGGGGAGCGCAGGGGGAGCGAUGGGGAGCCCAGGGGGAGCGAUGGGGAUUCCAGGGGGGGCGAUGGGGAGCCCAGGUGGGGUUCUGGGAAGCGCAGGGGGCCCAAUGGGGAGUCCAGGGGGAGCCAUGGGGAGCCCAGGGGGGGCUAUGGGGAGCCCAGGGGGGGCUAUGGGGAGCCCAGGGGGGGCUAUGGGGAGCCCAGGGGGGGCUAUGGGGAGCCCAGGGGGAGGAGCAAUGGGCAGCGGAAGAGCUGCGAUGUGGAGCCCUGCAGGCGUCAUGGGAAGCCCUGGGAUGAGGCCAUCUCCGUUGGGGUCUCCCGGAUUGGUAGGCUUCCCUCCCACUCACACGUGCUGUUUACUUGAGGGUAGUGAGACGCCUUUUGAGGCGCCUCAGAACGCCCUGCAGGCGUCAUGGGAAGCCCUGGGAUGA